UCCAUGUUAGCCGUGAAGUUAAAAAUGGGGAAGAUUUAGCAAAAUUCUGGUGUUUUUAGCUAAGCUGGAGAAAAGAAGUGCAUAAAGAAAAUCUCAGUUGAAAUUUUUAGACAGUCAGGGAGUCCCCUGGAAUUUAGUGAUAAUGAGGGUUUCUUAACUCAGCUGAUAGGAAACGGGACAGACUCUUUCCAUCAGUCCAUCUGGGUGUUACCUUCCUUUACCAGCAUGGCAAACCAGAGGGCACAUGCCAGCCACGUUGGACAUGUCUCUCUGAUCCCAAGGUACUCAAAGUGAGUGAAGGCAGCCUGCCGCUGACUUUCCCCACUUCAUGGGCUUCUGGAGUAGCAGGAGAAGCAACAGCAGCAGCAGAACAGCCACAGCUGGAACUGCAACAAUGAACUGCAAGGAGAGAAAUGACAGCAGCUGUGGCUGCAGUGGCAACGAAGAGAAGAAGAUGCUGAAGUGUGUGGUGGUGGGGGACGGUGCCGUGGGAAAAACCUGCCUGCUGAUGAGCUACGCCAAUGAUGCCUUCCCAGAAGAAUACGUGCCCACUGUGUUUGACCACUAUGCAGUUACUGUGACUGUGGGAGGCAAGCAGCAUUUGCUUGGAUUGUAUGACACUGCAGGACAGGAGGACUACAACCAACUGAGGCCGCUCUCCUACCCCAACACUGAUGUGUUUUUGAUCUGCUUCUCUGUUGUGAAUCCUGCCUCUUACCACAAUGUCCAGGAGGAAUGGGUCCCUGAGCUGAAGGAUUGCAUGCCCCAUGUGCCUUAUGUCCUCAUAGGGACACAGAUUGAUCUCCGCGAUGACCCCAAAACCUUGGCCCGUUUGCUGUACAUGAAAGAGAAACCUCUCACUUACGAGCAUGGUGUGAAGCUUGCAAAAACGAUUGGAGCACAGUGCUAUUUGGAAUGCUCGGCCCUGACUCAGAAAGGUCUCAAAGCAGUUUUUGACGAAGCAAUUCUCACCAUCUUCCACCCCAAGAAGAAAAAGAAAUGCUGCUCUGAGUGUCACAGCUCCUGUUCAGUUAUCUGAGGUGGCUUGAAAUCUGUCUCCACCCUAUCUCAGGGUGUGAAUAGCAGCCAACCUCCGUCCUUGCGCUCAAGCCAACAAGGAGGGCACAGCCAGAGAGGACGUCCCCUCAUGCACAGGCUUGCUCCUCCUCCCUGUGAACCGGCCAAGCUCAGCACACUAGCCAGCCAGCUGCCACCUCCUUCCUACCAGCCAGAAGCACCCACGUUGCACACUCCACAAGGAUGUUGACACAGUCUGUGUCACUGCUGACCGUGUUGGUGACGGUCAAAGAUCGCCUUGCUUUUUCUCUCUCCAUCCACCCCCCACCACCACCCUGUGAACAAGCAAUCACCACGGAAGACCCAGAAGAGGCACUCAGCUCCUGAACUGGUGGUCUUUCUUGAUGUCUUUCACAAAAUAGAGGACAACAGUACUAACCACAGCUCUGAAUCUGUUACUCUACCCAUGUGUCUUAGAUUUAUUUGUAUUAUUUUAAGAAACUUACUAAUUCACCAGUUUACUCAGGCCUUACAGACCCAGACCAAAUUUGUCCAAAGACAAAGUGUUUUUUCUGGUUCUCUUUUUUGCAUGUUUCUACCAAAG